AUGGAUGGUUUUUGUUGGACUGUAAGGAUGGAAAUCAACACUAAAACAGUAGUAGCCGUUGUUGUUGUUCACUCAAAUUAUUACAACGAUAUACCAGCAGUUAUCGUCGAUGUUUUAAGAUACGAACAACAAGUUAAUCAAUCAGCCGUCCGAAAACAUAUUCGUUUUAUUAUCCGUCCAAUCAUCAAUAAUAACAAUAUAUCAAUAUCCAAUAUCCAUAUUCAUUUUCAUAGUAUAUUAGUAGUCAAUAAUAGUAAUAGUAAUAAUAAUAGUAAUAAUAAUAAGAGUAUUAUACAAAAUAUGGAUUAUAGUCCACCUCAAUAUUCACCUCGAUCAACUUUUUCCGACCCAACGGGUUUAGACUCGCCACGAUCACUUAUCGAUUCAACAAGCAACAUGACAGAUUAUUACCAACAACCACAACAAUCGUUGGAUAGUGUACAACAACAACAACAACAACAACAACCAGUCACCAAAGAUAAAUCCAACAAAUUUGGAUGGAUUGGAAACUUAUUAUCACGUAAAAAGAGUAAUAGUACAAACUCUCUUUACAGUAAUAUAAAUCAAAAUAUAAAUAUAAAUAGUAGUAAUAGUAAUAGUAAUAGUGGUAGUGAAAAUAGUAGUAAUAAUAAUAGUAAUCAAAAUAGUCCAACUUAUUUUUCAAAUCAACAUGUCGCGACAAAUAAUAUUAUAACAAGUAAUUAUAGUCCAAGUGGAACCAAUGGUAAUAGUAAUAUAUCAACGGCUAAUAAUUCAACUUCGUCUGGCCAAGCACAGACUGGGUCGACAAAGAGACGCUCCAUCUUUCAAUUUUUUUCAAUAUUCCAGUACAACCAUCGAGCCGAUUCAUCCAGCUCAUCACCUUCCACAAAGACAUCGCUGUCACCUUUGAAACGAUUUAAAUUUACCCGUACUAGUUCAUCCACCUCGAUUGACACCAAGUCGGUCAACAAAAAACACAUGCUACAAUCUAGUCACAGUUGCAAUAACCUAAACAUCAACUAUAUUAGCACUAAACACGAACUCAACCAAUUCUCUGGAGAUCCAUCUUCUUUAUUACUUGCUGUUACUCCAACUACCAAUAAUACUACUACUACAACUAUAUCUACACCUCCCACUUUAUUGACUCCAUCUGGGAGUGCUACACUUCUUCCAAUGAUUCCAUCAACAACAACAACAACAUCAACAACUGCUGCUGCAGUCGUAGUUGUAGAGACGAACAAUCAACAACCGUCUAUUUUAUUACCACCAAUCCCAACCAUUCCAAUAUUAAAUAGAGAAGAUUCAAGUUGUUCAAUGGCAUCUUCAAACGAUGAAGAUUUGGACCAAUUACAUGGUAGUGGCAAUAAUAUUGGUAAAUAUGCCAUCCUAAUCCCAACUCCCAUCCCAUCACCCAUUCCACAUUUACAAGAUGUCUCAUCAAUCUAUAAACACAAGAAAAUACAACUUCAACAAAAUAAUCAACCCAAUAACCAUCAUUAUCAUCAUCAUCAACAACAACAAACAUUAUCAGAUAGUUGUGGUGAGGUUAAUAUUGUUAAUACUGGAGACUUACAACAACUUGGACAACAACAACAACCAAUGACAUGUAGAAUAAGUAGUCAAUGUGAAGAAUCUAUUUUAAAUCGUACGAUUUCAUCGAUUGAUAUAAUGGAGAUCGCACAACAAGGUCUUCAAUCUAAUCCAACUACACCAGCACCUGGUACACCAACACUCAUCCACCACUGUGUAACUCAAAUGCCACCCAUCAUUAACCUUCCAUCAACCGAAUCUUUAAAUUCUGCUCAAAUCAUCAUCCAUCAUCAACAAGAUUCAACGAAUAAUAAUCAAAAUAAUAUUGAUCAACAACAAUUAUCACCAAGAGGAUUAGAACAAAAGGCAAUUUGGCAUUCACCAGCCAAGAUAAAGAGUCAAUUGCAAACUAGAACAUCUGCACCACAGUUGGGUGUAAACUCAUCGCCAAUGCUCCAGACGAGUUACAGUAAUCCAAAAAUAGGUACACAUCAUUGGUGGGGAUCGAACAAUCCCAUUCCAAACGAACAAAACAAGAUGGAUCUACAAAUGCAAUUUUUAAAACAACAAGAACAAAAAGAACAACAAAAACAAGAAGCUAUGAGAACUAUGAGUGAUAAUCAAUUAUUAUCAUCAAAUAAUAAUAAUCAUAACACUAUCACCAAUCAUUGUAAUACUAUUAAUAAUAAUAAUAAUAAUAAUUUAGUGAGAGCAGCAUCUAUUAGUAAAUGGGUGUCUGCAGCUCCAUCAUCACCACCUCCAAUGGCUAUGGCACCACGUGGUUCAAAUUCACCGGAUGAUCAGUCUAGUCCAGAGAGAUGUAUGUCUCCAAUCAGUUCGAUGAUUCGUGUCUAUUAUAUCCCAUUAACCGACGAUGAAGAACCAAGUCAAAGCAGUAGCGGUACUGGUACUGGUACUACUGGUGCAGUUAUUGAACAGGCUGAAUUAAAAGUUAGUAAUACUGGAUUACCCAAUAAUACAGCACAACUGUAUUGGUCACAUAUUGUCGUACAACAUACAUCUGUCAAGGAUGUUAUCGAGCAUGUAUCUUCCAAGGUUGAUAAACCUUAUUGGUCAUUCAAGUUGUGUUGUUCACUUAAUCCAUACGACUUUUUAGACGACACUGUUUUAUUGAUUGGAUUCCGUCUACGUCGGUUCUACUUGAUUGAAGUGGCCGAGGAAAUGAUUGUUCAUGACAAUGUAGAAUGCAAUGUUUUCGCAAACAUGUUUCCUGCACAUGCCAAUUAUUUCAAUAAUACUUCAACCGCUACCAUUAGCAGCUCGAUGCUUGGUAGUACUAAAACCGAUAUGUCUACCAACACCACCACUACGACCACUACGAAUACGAAUACUACCUCUAGCAGCAGUCUCAGCGCGAGCUGUGCCGCAUUGGCCAACCCACUAAGUAGCAGUUGGUCACCAAGUUACUGCAAGUUCCUAUCGACCAGCAGUAAAAGUUUCAAACGUACCCAACUAUUAAUGUCGGUUGAAGACACUAGUCCUGUCAGCAGUCUCGAAGACAAUGACGACUUUCUCCUCGACCUUCCAUCCUCUCCAUGUUCCUAUCAAGCCAAUCCUUUGUUUAGUCUGUCAGGUAGUGGUAGUAGAUUACACAGUAGUAGUAAAUUACACCAAAUCAGUAGUAAUGGUAACGGCAAUAGUAAUGGUCAUGUCGUAACCCAUCAUCAUCAUCAUCACCACCAUAAAUUUAAUAGUAAUGGUCAUACAAAUAAUCAAAAUCAAAAUAAUAAUACAAAUCAAAAUUAUCAAAAUGGAUUUAACAAAUAUUUAAAUGGUGGAAAUAAUUUAUUACAAGCUGGUCGUCGUCCAUCAUUGGUUGAACAACCAAUAUCGAUGGCGUUGAAAGAGAGAAUUAAGAUUUUAGAUAAUUAUUUCAAUCAUUAUUAUAGAGAGUUGGAAAACUAUCUCAUUCAACGUAGCAAGAGAAUGGAAACACUCAAACAGGUUCUAUUGGAGAGUGGUAUACGUGAAAGUUCAAUUGCAUGGGGUCGAUGUGUUAAAGAGCAUCUCACCAAAGAGACUACUUAUUUAAGAUCGAAACGUGCUCGUAUUGGUCCAAGUGACUUUCAAAAGUUGACGGCUAUUGGUAAAGGUGGAUUUGGUAAAGUCUAUCUUGCACGCAAAAAAGAUGGAAAUGAAAUUGUCACUCUCAAGGUGAUUCGAAAGAAUUCAUAUCAUCGUGCCAAUCAAAUGACUAGUGUAUCAAAGGAAAAGGCUGUUAUGAUGAUUCCACAUACUCACAAGGAAGAGACGCAAUGGAUUACACGUCUACUCUAUAGUUUCCACGAUUCCCAAUAUCUCUAUCUUGCCAUGGAGUAUCAUUGUGGAGGUGAUUUCCGUGCCCUACUCAAUAACCUUACCAGACUCGAAGAUGAUAUUGCAUCUUUCUAUAUGGCUGAAAUGGUUCUUGCCAUUCAAUCUCUUCACAAGCUCGGUUACAUUCAUCGUGACAUUAAACCAAGUAACUUUGUCGUCGAUAAAAAUGGUCAUCUCAAAUUGAUUGAUUUUGGUCUUAGCAAAGAAGGUUUCAUCAGUCGCAACUCGAAAUACCAAAACACUUGGAGAAACCUUUUAAAUAACAAGGAAAAUGAUAAUAGUCAAAAUCAACUUACUAGUAUCGUUGCAAGAUCAAAAGAUAAAGAUAAAAAACGUGAACAAAAACAUGAACAUAAAGUUACAUAUUCAAAAGUUGGAUCACCAGAAUAUAUGGCACCUGAAAUGUUGACUGGAAAAGGGUAUGAUAUGACUUAUGAUUAUUGGUCAUUGGGAGUUGUAUUUUUUGAAAUGUUGUUUGGUGAAACUCCAUUUGGAGGUGAUACUCCAGAAGAAGUAUUCAAAAAUAUAAUGGAUUGGAAAACUAUCUUGGAUUGGAAUUAUUUAUCUGAUUUGGUUUCUUCAAAUGCUCUUGAUUUAUUAAAAGUAUUAUUAUGUGAUCCAGAAAAAAGAACAACAGGAGAUGAUUUAAAGAAACAUAUUUAUUUUGAAGGAUUGGAUUGGGAUAAUGUACACAAGAUUGUUCCUCCAUUUGUACCACAAGUACAGAAUGAAUUAGAUACAUCUUAUUUUGAAGGAGCUGAAGAACUUGAAAGUGAUGCUGACAAUGAUUAUGACGAAGUGGUGGAAGCUGCUCAAGAAGCUGCAGAGGGAGGUGAGAACCAACCUGACCAGUCUCCUCCUCUAGACGAAGACACGUCCUUUAGAAAUAUGCCAUUUGGUGGUUUCAACUUUCAACGUUUUCCAUCGGUUGUUGAAGGUGCCCGUGUCAAGGGAUUGAUCAAGAGUUUCUAUGUAGAGAAUGAAAAGUGUGUUUCUCGUGCCACUAGUACAUCAUCACUCAACAGUCCAAAUACAUCGUGUGCCAAUUCACCCAUUAUUCAAUCACAAAACUCAAAGACCCAAUCAUUUAAUAAUUAUCAUCCAUCUUCAUCCAAUAAUACAACACAAGGUGGCAAUUACACCACUACACCAAGUCAAACACCACCAACUCCCACCAGUCCCAAUGUUCACGGAUAUCAACCUAAAACCCCUAUCCUUAGAGUAUCGAGCAAGUCUGUCACAAACUCUCCUCAAUCGAAUUUAUCUAAAAAAUAA